AACCCAAUCCCAUUUGAUGAUCAAAUGUAGAGAGAGAGAGAGAGAUUAAAAGAGGUUGUUUCAGAGCUGCAAGUGGUUUUUUAUUUUGAAAGAGAGAAAUAAUGUGGGAUCUAAACGGGUCACCUGAUCGGAGAAAAUAUCAUGACGACCAAGAGAGAUGUUCCUCACCGGUGGUAGAAAAGGAGGAAUAUGAUGAUAAUAAUAAGGGUAAAGGGGUCGGAGGAUCCGUAUCUAAUUCCAGCUCAUCGGUCAAAGUUUUUGAUCAGGACGACGGCUCCGACGAGGAUGAUCAAGACUCCGACAAGGGUGGUUUUAAAAAACGAACAACCACCGGUGAUAGCAGGUUAUUCGGCUUCUCCAUGACUGACAACUCGUCCUGGGACUACAAUCCACCGGUCACUCAUCAAUUCUUCCCUUUGGAUGACUCUGAAGUGGGGUCCACCACCUCCGUUGGAGAGAUGAAAUUCUGCCACCAGUCGUCUGAACAACCACCUUUCAGAGCUGUUGUCGCCGGUGGAUAUCUUGGAAAGGUCACUGAUAUCCCUCAACCCCUCAAGAAAAGUCGCCGUGGACCCCGCUCUAGAAGCUCUCAGUACCGUGGGGUGACUUUUUACCGGCGAACCGGCCGAUGGGAAUCUCACAUAUGGGAUUGUGGGAAACAGGUGUAUCUUGGUGGAUUUGACACAGCACAUGCAGCUGCACGUGCUUAUGAUAGAGCAGCAAUCAAGUUCCGAGGUGUGGAGGCUGACAUUAACUUUACCCUCCACGACUAUGAAGAGGACCUAAAACAGACGAACAAUUUAACAAAGGAAGAGUUUGUGCAUGUACUUCGAAGACAAAGUACCGGUUUUCCUCGAGGCAGUUCAAAAUAUCGAGGUGUUACGUUGCACAAAUGUGGUCGAUGGGAAGCCCGAAUGGGCCAAUUCUUAGGCAAGAAGUACGUGUAUCUGGGUCUUUUUGACACUGAAGUUGAAGCUGCCAGGGCUUACGAUAAAGCUGCAAUCAAAUGCAAUGGGAAGGAUGCUGUCACCAAUUUUGAUUCCAGGACCUACGAGAAUGAGCUCCAUUCCUCUGACAGUAAGACGUCAUCAGAUCAUAAUCUUGAUCUGAGUCUAGGGGGUAGUUCCAGUUCGAACGAGCCAAGAAGCAUCAAAUUCGGAGAUAAUCAUCAAAUCCCAUCAAGCCAUGAUCAUUCUAAAGCGAUUCAGUUUGAUUUCAGUCGACCCCCGGCAUCUGGUUGGGGUUGGUAUGACGGAAGGAAAAAUGAAAGUUAUAAUGAAAUGGAGACAGUUGAGGUAUUGAGCCAGACACACCUUCAUUCCAACUCUCCUACCACUGGAUCUCUUAUGGGCAACAAUGGAUAUGGGCAUUUUGUGAGACCUUCUCACCCCACCAUGCUUCAUAGGUUCAACUCGGCACCCAUCAACUCACUGACUCAUCAAUUGAGUGCACACGGCGGAGGAAGUGAUUCAUCUGGACAGUAUUACCAAAUGCAUGCAAAUAGUAAUAGCAAUAGUGGUGCAGCAUCAUCAGGAUUCCCACACCAAAGAUUUCCCAUCAGACCACCCCCAUAGAUAUAUAUAUAUUAUAUAGGGUUGGGUUCACGCGAAAACAGUUGAGACCAUAAAGUAGCAUUUGAAAUUUCACAGCAUAAUAUUGUGAAGAUAAAAAAACUUCGAACUUUAACAGCAAAAACAUUGUAACACAAGAUUUGGCUAUGAAGGUUCAGUGUUAUAUGAAAACAGUCUGGUCUCAUAUCAUCCCAAGUCUAUAUAUGUUUAGUGUACAACUCCACCCUUUUGUGUUCUUAAUUUGAUGUUGUAUGCGACCAUGAUCGAAGAUGAAUAUUGUAAUCGACCUGCUUGAUUAAUUAGCAAGCUACACUUAAUUAGUUGUUGAGUUAUCAUGUAAAGACGAAGGGAUCGAAGAACGAUUUAAUUUUCUAUUCAAUC